AUAGUAGAGAACAUCGGAGAUUUAAUUGAUAUGAAUCAAAAAAAUCUUCCCAUCAGCUCUAUUUCAACAUUUGUAACAGGAUUUGCAACUGAACCAGUUCAAAGUGACGAUGAACUAUUCAAAAGUAUUAAGAUAUUCAUUACCGAAUUCAUCAAAGGUGAAAGCUCAGGAAAAAAAUUCCUCAUCAAGUGCAGAUACCUCAAAUCAGAUGAAAGAAUUGACAAAAAACUUGUGAGAGCAAGAAAAAGCUUAAAUUUGAUGAUUAUGGGGGAAAUACUUCGAAACCUACACCAUUCAAAAAAGCAGACCGACGAACACAAGAAGAGAUACAUAUCAAGACCAACUUGGAAACUGCGUCAUUAA